AUGAAAAAGUUUGCCAAGAAGGGCGGGGCGGGUGCCGCCGCCGUGAACGACGACGAGCUUGAGCAGAACUGGGCGCCCGAGAGCGUGGAGGUCGACAGCAAUACGUCGGACGUGGAGGUGGAAGACGAUGACGAAGCAGACGAAGAUGGUGAAGUCGAGGAGGUUCAAGACGACAAGGCGACGAAGAAGCGAGGUCGCGACGACGGUACGGACGAAGGUGGGAAGCCCGCCAAGACGAACAAGAAGCACAAGUCGACGAAAGGUCUGCAGAACAUGACGCAAACCGAGCACUUCAAACUCGUGAACGAAGUGUACUCGAAGCUCUACGGGGACAAGCUGACGCCGGUCGAGAUUGCGAACGGGCUCACGGAAGCCCAUUUCACGGUCGUGCCUCAGUUCGGCAAGCACAACCUCGACAGUCUCUCGCGCUUCCUUCGCUCGAUCUGCCCCAAGUGGAAGCUCCUGUUCAAAGGCAAGGGCAUCAAGGGCGACUGCAGUCCGAUUCUCGUCAUCCUGUGCUCGUCCGCGCUGCGGGCAGUCGAAGUCGGCAAAGCGAUCGCCGUGUUUCACUGCCACGUAGCCAAGCUAUUUGGGAAGCACUUCAAGCUGACAGAACAAGUCGAGAUGCUCAAACGCUUCCACCCCAUUGCCAUCGGUACACCCGGACGCAUCAAGGCGUUGCUCGAGAUGAAAGGACUCUCGCUCAAGCACACGACGCACGUCGUCGUCGACAUGCACCGUGAUUCCAAGCAAAUGUCGAUUCUCGAGCUCAAGGACACGGCCAAAGACACGAUCGACAUCAUUCGGGACCACAUGCUCGUGCCGCUGGCGACAGAGAAGCUCUCGAUUGCAUUGUACUGAGGCGUUUGCACUGCCUCCCCAGUCAAUUGACGAAACUUUCAACGUUGCGAUCGAUUGUGUCUACCCAAAGAUCGACGUUGUACCCACUGCCGCCGCCCGCGUGGAGAUGGUGGCGCGGGGUUUCUUUCUCUAACCUGGCUAGGACGCCGCUCGUGCGGCUGCUUUUUGCUGCGCCAUGAUCUACACGGUCUCCUUACGCCCCCCGCCCGAGUCACGAGAAAUCCUUACCGCCCGGACAGCUCCUUUCAACUUGUCCCGCGCCGUGAACCGCCGGAGCUCGUCCAGAGCACUGCUUAGCUGCAACGUCGAGACCUGCACACCGUCGUCGAUCACUCGACGUCCCUUGAUCUGGAUGCUGUACCUGGCUCCCGACUAUCCACGGAUGUUCGAGCAACUGCGCGGCCGUCGCUCUGUGGCACAACAACGUCAUCGCGUGAGUACGUUUGUCGACCGAGAUCGUGGCGAGCGAGCAUGGAGAGACGAUCGGUACCGCUUUUUGUUGUCGACGACCAGCAUCUGCUUGAUAAAGUGCUUGGCGUCGUCC